CACUACGUUCACUUGUGCUGUGAAUACUGAAAAUGUUUUGACGUUUUCUAUUUAUUCUUUCUUUCCAAAUUAGUGGCGUAUCUGCCACUCGUAAGCAUGGCACUGCAAAGACUGAACCAAGAAUAUGCUUUGGAGGAAAGGGGAAGGUUUUUCAUAGCAUCUAAAACAGAAGGCGACUGGGACGAUGAGGACCAUGUCGAUCACCAUCAACUUAUUUUAUUCAAAGCUGAAGCUUUAGCGUCAGAAAACCGUCUGAAAGACGCUGUCGAUAUGUUUGCAAUGGCUCUUCGGUAUGGCCCGGUUCGACCGGACCAACUGAGCACUUUAGUAGGAUGCGUUCUGCGCAACUUCAAGACGACAUUGAGGGAAGAGUCUCUUCCAAAGAGUGAGCCCGAAUGGACAAAUGAAUUUGACUGCCCCGGUUGUCAUAGUUUUACAGGCGAGCCUGUGACGGUGAUAUGUGGACAUUCGUAUUGUAGAAGAUGUUUACAGCGUAACCCUUUAUCCAAAUGUAAACUUUGCAGUGAGGACAUCACGAUGAGUCCCGGGGAACCCCGACACAACGUGAUCUUAUGUGGACUUUUAGAGAAGUGGUUUCCCAAAGACGUUCAGAGAACGAGAUGCCUAGGAGAAGCCGAAAGCCUGUUGAGGAGUAAACAGUACGACAAGGCUAUUGCACUAACAAGCAAAUUAUUAGAAUCUGACAUUAGUAAUGUGUGGGUGCGAGCUUGUCAUGCUGAGGCUCAUAGAGGACUGAAGCAGUACCGUCAGGCUUUGGAAGACUGGGAGUCUUGUCUUAGUGCUACUCCAUCCCCAGAGGGAUAUUUCCACAAAGCAAAGAUUCUCCAAGAGAUGGGUCAUGUAGAUGAAUCUCUGCAAGUCUUCCUACAGUGUUUGGCAAUAGAUGAAAACUUCCAUCUUGCUAAACAAGAGGUGGAAUUGAUCUUGCAUGACCUGUUAUCUCCAGCUUGUGAGAAUGUCAAGGUGGGUUUGAAAGAGACAGCCCAGACUACCUCCCCUCACCUGCGCUGUAAAACCCUGGCAGCCGAGGGCCAGGACCAAAAUCAGUACACAAAAAUGAAAGUCCAUCGGGCAGUAUCUACUCAACCGCCCCCUGAAAACUCGGAGAAAUCAGGUCAAUGUGAAAGUUUAGAGCGUUCUUGCCUGAGCAGAGCUCACUCCCUUCGUGCUCACGGGAUGGUUGGGGCUGUAGACGAGGGGCUUAAAAGAGUUAGAUCCGCCCCCCAGUUGGGUGACCCAGAAAAAGGGGCGCUACUGAAGAGGAAGCUUUCUGUGUCUGGAGCUGGGCCUGGUGUGGCUUACAACCAUGGCAGUAAACAUAAAAAGCAUUUAGUGACUGCCUGCAGUGCUACUCCUGUGGUGACAGAGAAAACCAAGUCUCUUCGAACCCUGCCAAAACACUUGCUGGACCCAAAUGAUUUUGAAUGCUCCCUCUGCAUGAGAUUGUUCUAUCAGCCCGUCACAACACCCUGUGGUCACACCUUCUGUAAAAACUGUCUGGAGCGCUGUCUAGAUCACAACCCGCAGUGCCCUCUAUGCAAAGAAAGUCUCAAAGAGUACCUUGCCUUUAGAAAGUAUACAAUCACACGAGUGCUGGACAACAUCAUUAAGCAGUAUCUGUCCGAGGAACAUUCAGAGAGAUUGAAACUGCACACAGAUGAAACAAAAGAGCUCUCCGAUUUAACAAAGAAUGUGCCCAUCUUUGUCUGUACCAUGGCCUACCCCACUGUGCCUUGCCCCCUCCAUGUGUUUGAGCCACGGUAUCGUCUUAUGAUCCGACGCUGCAUGGAAACUGGCACACGUCAGUUUGGCAUGUGCAUCAACGACCCCCAGAAAGGGUUUGUGGACUAUGGCUGCAUGCUCCAGAUUCGCAGUGUACAUUUUCUCCCAGACGGACGCUCAAUCGUGGAUACAAUUGGUGGGAAGAGAUUUCACGUUCUCUCGCGGGGAAUGAGAGAUGGAUAUUGUAUCGCCAGCAUUGAAUAUCUUAAGGAUAUGAAGGUAAAUGACGUGGAAGAAUUGGAGAAACUACAAGUUUUGCACGAUCAGGUGUAUGACCAGGCCCGCAAAUGGUUCCAGAACCUGGAGAACCGUUUCCGGAACCAGAUCCUGCAGCAUUUUGGCCCAAUGCCUGAGAGAGAGGCUGACAUCCAGGUCACACCUAAUGGUCCAGCAUGCUGUUGGUGGCUGCUAGCUGUUCUUCCUGUCGAUCCUCGUUACCAGCUGUCUGUCCUUUCCAUGACAACUCUAAAAGAACGACUAGUCAAGAUCCAACACAUCCUUACCUACCUGCAGAACCUUCCCCAGUGACUAGAGCUUCCUUACACACACACACACACACACACACACACACACACACACACACACACACGUUGGAUUCAAGAACUGAUGAGAUUCCAUGGAGACUCGACUGAAACCCUGCACAUACUUCCAUCUGGGGUCAGAUGUAACUCAUGCCAAGAGUUUUAAGAAUGAAGUGUUUUUCAUGGUGUCAUACUGAUCUGUCCAUCACCACCACCUCAGAGAGCAUUGUUUUAAAGGAAUUGUCCACCAAAUAUUACAAUUCUGUCAUGACCUCAUUUGUGUUACACUGAAGAAAAAAAGUCAAACAGGUUUGGAUUGACAUGAGGGUGAGUAAAUGAUGACAGAAUUGUUAUUUCAUGUUGACAUAUUCCUUUAAGGGUAUUUAUAUAUUUGUUGAAUAUUGAGUUGAGAUGAGUGUUGUACAACAUCCCCUCCUGUAGUAUUUAUUAUGGCAGUCAAACAAUCUGUCAGAUCUCCUUUAGGUUAAACAGUCAAAUUAAAUAUAGUGUAGCUUGUUUUCUUUUGAUGCCCAAAGCCUCCAUACAGUGCUUUGAAGGCAGAAAUGUUGCUGGAGAGCAUUCCAACACUUAAGACAUAAUCAUGUCAUGUUUUGUGAGUGUGUUUGAAUAGACUGAAAGCAUCUUCAGAGACAAUAUCUUUCAUGCAGAUUUUUGGGCAACAAGGUAGAGGGCAUGACAUUUUUGGCAUCUUACUAAAUCUUCAUUUCUUAAAACUCUGGAUAAAUGAAAGGCAAAUAUGUCACUUCAGAGCUUCCAGCCAAGCUUUCUGUCACCGUAACUGUCAAGCACGCACAUUAUCUUUUUGUCUCCAAGCAGCAGAGUAGCCGAAGAUAGAGAGAAGCCCAUCGAAGACUUUUGCAUUUGUUCCACAGUACUGGAUGAUAUUGAAGCUCACGCAGUCUUGUUCUAUCUGUAACUUUCUUCUCAAAAAUAGGCACAGUGCUGAAGAUAUUAUUUAUCAUAGAUUUAUUUCUUUAGAGGAAAUGCACUCAUGAUUAGGACAUUUAAAGUUUAGUCUCAGAUGGAUUGGUUUGUUUUGGUUAUUGGCUGAUCAAAAAAGCAACAAAAGAUCAACAUUGUAAGUGUCUCUAAGGUACAAGCUCCACUCUCUGUCAAAUCCACUACAACUUGUUAAUUUUAAGGCAAGUUUGUGUUAUCAAUAUUUUUAAGUGUGUUUGUACUAAAUAAAUUGUAAAGGGAAACUGGCAAAAUUUUGACAUAUGGAUCAGAACAGUCUAUCGUUGCCUGCAACCAGCAUCAUACUGCUAUAAAAUCCAGCAAGCAUUCUGAAAAUUGACUGUUGAAUGUUGAAUUGUCUUUAGCUCAUACAUGUUUCAUGCUUGUGUGCAGAAUAACUUUUGCCUUAUAAUACCUAGUUGCAUUCUGCUCUCAUGGUAUAAUGAAUCAGCUUGGGUUUUUGCAUUCCGGAGAAAUAAUUCUGUUUUACUUAAUUUGCCAAAAUCCUUUUCAGUGUGUAAAAUAUGUCAAAUAAUGGCUUUAUGUAAAUCAUUUUGUUUUGGAAAAAAAAUGAUUUUUUUACUAAAAUAUUUAAGUUAUCAAUUUUCAAAUAAA